AUGUGGAAGAUUGGUGGCACGGAUGUGAACAUCUACGGCAACGGCGCCGGUACGCUCAAUGGAAACGGCCAGAAGUGGUACGACCGAUUCGCCUUCAACGCCACCCUCCAGAGACCCAUCUUGCUUGUCACCGAUGGCCUUCACGGCGGCUCCAUUACCGGCCUGAACAUGGUCAACUCGCCUCAGUGGUUUAACCUCAUCGCCAACAGCAGCAAUGUGCUCGUCUCCGACAUCACCAUCAAGGUCGGCUCGAUCUCCAAGAACCCGGCCAAGAACACGGACGGUUGUGACACGUACCGCUCCGACUCGGUCGUCAUCCAGAACUCGCACAUCGACAACGGUGACGACUGCGUCUCCUUUAAGCCCAACUCGACAAACAUUGUCGUCCAGAACCUCGUCUGCAACGGAUCCCACGGCAUCUCGGUCGGCUCCCUCGGCCAGUACGUCGGCACGUUCGACGUCGUCGAGAACCUCUACGUCUACAACACCACCAUGUCCAACGCCUCCGACGCCGCCCGCAUCAAGGUCUGGCCCGGCAUCGACACGCCUUUCCAGCCUUCGCUUUCCGGUGGCGGCGGCUCCGGAUACGUCAGGAACGUGACUUACGACGGAUUCCACAACUCCAACAACGACAACGUCAUCACCAUCGACCAGUGCUACGGCCAGAAGAACCAGACUCUCUGCAACCAGUAUCCUUCCAACUUGACCAUCAGUGACAUCUACUUCAAGAACUUUGACGGCACGACCUCCUCCAAGUACAGCCCCCGCGUGGGCACUCUCGUCUGCAGCAGCCCAGCGAAAUGCCUUAACAUCAACGCAUCAAAGAUUGACAUCGAGACCCCGACUGGCGCGAACCCUCAGUGGUUGUGCGUUAACCUCGACACCGGUCUUCUUGAUAUUAACUGCGUGACUAAGGUGACCAAGAGAUCGAUCGGGGUGUAA